AUGAAAAAGCCAUCGGUUGUUAUAGUCGGAGCCGGCACCGGCGGCAUUGCAACAGCCGCUCGACUUGCUCGCGAUGGGUUCAGGGUGACCGUUCUCGAGCAGCACGAUUUCCUGGGCGGCCGAUGCUCGCUGCAGCAUCGAGACGGAUACCGAUUCGACCAAGGCCCCUCGCUGCUGCUAAUGCGAGAGAUCUUCAGCGAGACGUUCGACGACCUCGGGACCUCGCUCGAAGCAGAGGGUGUAGAGCUACUGCAAUGUGACCCCAACUACUGUAUCUGGUUCUCCGACCACGAUACCCUGGAGAUGUCGUCGAAUCUCUCGAAGCUGAAGCGCGAGGUUGUGCGCCUCGAAGGCCCCCAGGGCUUCUCCAAACUCCUGGACCUCCUCAAGGAGACGGGUCGCUACUAUGAUCUGACGGUGCAGUAUGUUCUGCGCCGGCACUAUCCGUCCUUGCGCGCCCUCCUCUGUCAGCCGAAUGUCUUCGGGAUGCUGCUGGCCAUGCGUCCCUGGACGACCAUGUACGGCCGAGCGCAGCACUAUUUCACCAGCACCAAGAUGCGGCAGGCCUGGACCUUUGCCUCGAUGUAUAUGGGCAUGAGUCCGUACGAGGCGCCGGGGACAUACGCGCUGCUGCAGUGCUCGGAGACGGUCGACGGGAUCUGGUAUCCGCGCGGUGGGUUUCAGCGGGUCCUCCAAGCGCUCGCCGACAUCGGCCAAACCCAGGGGGUCGAAUACCGGCUACGCAGCCCAGUGGCUCGCAUUCUCCUCUCCGACGACCAGCACACUGCGCGGGGCGUGCGCCUGCACUCAGGCGAAGAGAUCCUGGCGGACGUCGUCAUCGUCAACGCGGACCUCGUCUACGCCUACACCCACCUCCUCCCGCCCUGCCCGUAUGCCGCCGCGCUCACGCAACGCGCGACCUCCUGCAGCAGCAUCUCCUUCUUCUGGGCGGUGGACACGCCGCUGCCCCAACUCCGCCCGCACAACAUCUUCCUGGCCGAGCACUACCGCGAGAGCUUCGACGCGAUCUUCAUCCAUCACAGCAUUCCCGCCGACCCGUCCUUCUACGUCAACGUCCCCAGCCGGAUCGAUCCCACCGCCGCGCCGGAGGGCAAGGAAGCGCUGGUCGUGCUGGUUCCGGUGGGCAGUCUGCGCAGCUCCGGAGAAGGGAGUCGCCAGGAUGAAUGGGGGGAGGAGAUCGUCGCACAUACCCGCGAGCUGGUCCUGCGCACCAUCGAGUCCCGCACGGGGAUCCGGAACCUCAGCGCACACAUCCUCCACGAGAAUUCAAUCUCGUGCGGCGCGAUCCUGGGGCUGUCGCACUCUUUCGGCAAUAUGUUGAAUUUCCGGCCUGCAAUGAAGCACGCGAGCAUCAGCGGGCUGUACUUCGUCGGCGCGAGUACGCAUCCCGGGACGGGCGUGCCGAUCUGGCUUACGGGAGCGAAGUUGGUUGCGCAGCUGGUUAAGCGGGAUGUCGAUGGCGGUCUUAAUGCUGUUCAUGCUCAAACCCUGCUGUUAGUGAGCUUGAGGUGA